UGUCAAAAGACUUGAAACUUAACUCCAACGACCAAAGCUUUUCAUUUUCUUGUUGACCUCUCAAGAUGUCAUUCUCCUCCUGCUUGGUGGAUAUCAAUGCGUUGCUCGACAGCGCAGAGCCAUUCUCAAUGGUUGGUGUUUGCAUCUACAAGGUCCCCUCUGCUAUUCGCACACUCAACGAAAAAGCAUACACCCCCACUCUCGUUUCCAUUGGCCCCUUUCACCAUGAUCACCCCCAGCUCCAAAACAUGGAACGUCACAAACUCAUUUACUUGAAAGCUUUUCUCCAACGAACCAAUGCAUGUUUAGACACCUUGGUCAGCAACAUAAAAUCUAACUUAUCUCGUUUCAAAAGUUGUUAUUCCGAAACCCUACCAUUUUCUGAUAAUGAACUUGUUAAGUUAAUCUUAAUCGAUUCCUGUUUUAUAAUUCAACUUUUUUGGACAUACUAUUAUGAUGAUGGGUUUCUAUUUAAACCUUGGUUAGAUGAUGGUAUAGCAUUAGAUUUAUUGUUACUUGAAAAUCAGCUUCCCUUUUUCGUUAUUGAAGAAAUUUACAAACUUUCAUCGAGUUCUACAAAUGCUAGUGUUCCUAAGACUACGAUCCCUGGUUUUCUUGAACUCACUAUUAAAUAUUUUUAUUCUUCCAAUAAAUCAAACUUGUUUUUUGAUAAUGGUGAUAUUAGUAUAAUGCACUUCACUGAUCUGAUUAGGAUAUUUCAUUUGCAACUUCCUAUUGAAAUUCGACCGAGUAAUAACGCGACCGACGAACGGAUGAUACAUCUACCGAGUGCAACUGAGUUGUUAGAAGCUGGAGUUAGGUUUAAAGUGAGCACUAAAAGUAAGUGUUUACUUGACUUGAGGUUUUCAAAAUCAGGAGGAGUUCUUGAAAUUCCUCAAUUAACGGUUGACGAUAGGACUGAAAUUUUGUUUCGAAAUAUGGUUGCUUUGGAGCAAUGUCAUUACCCUUAUGAGUCAUAUAUUACUGAUUAUGUUGCUGUUUUGGAUUACCUUAUAAAUACUGGUAAGGAUGUGGAUAUACUUGUUCCAAACAAAAUACUGGAAAAUUGGCUUGGAGACAGUGAUUCUGUGGCUAACUUGUUUACUGGUCUUUGCAAAAAUGUUACUCAUUGUAAUAGCAGUCCUCAUUUCACUAUUCUUUGUGAAGACUUAAAAGAUUUUUGUAGGAAUCCUUGGCCUAAGUUUAAGUACUCAUUGAUUGGCACUCUGAGGCGUGAUUAUUGCAGUACUCCUUGGAAAGCUGGUGCUUCCUUUGCUGGAAUCUUACUACUUAUUCUCACUAUAAUUCAAACAGUUUGUUCUGUCUUUCAAGUAGUACAACCUAAUGGCUCCUAGUGAUUUCUUUCAUUGUUCGGUUCAUAAUUAUUGUUUAUUAUCAUCAUCAUCAUCAUUAUUAUUGUUAUUAUCGCCAAUGUACGUUGUUUGUUUCAAUGUUUCAUUAUCUUUUGUGUGUUGUGUACUUAUAUUGAAAUUGUAAUUUCAUAUAAAUAAAGCAACUUGAUCAUGUUCUAUUGUUGUUGCA